AUGGAACAAGGCUGCAAAGGUUGGGCAAAGGAUGUUGGCCCGGUGUUAGCACGUAAGGUGGCUACGAAGAUAGCUUGGGCUAUUGUAAGGUUGCUUGCGGGGUGCCGGCUUGACACUAGCGGUGAGGAAUGUAAGAAGGUUGUGAAAGGAAGGACAUUAGCUCGGCACGAAGCACGAGGGAGCUUGUUAUGGCAAGGUCGGGCAAUGUGGGAGGCCGUGGCGAUGCUCGGGCAAUGUGGGGGUCGUGUGAGGGCGGUUGGUUAUGGCGAGGGUAAGGCAUGCAAAAGGGAGAGGGUUGUUAAAACAAGGCUUGCAAGAGGGGGUUGUGGUAAGAGAGGGUGGCUAGCUAUGGCGAGGAGGGUUUGGGAGAGAGGGUUAUGGGCAAAAGAAAAGAGUCGGGUGAGAGGCUCUUACUGCAAUUAA